GAUCGUCGUGGAGGUGGAGGGCGUGAAGUUUCCGACCGAGGUCACUUCGCCGGUGACCUCGAAACCGCUAUUUCUCGGUGGCGCAGGGGUGAGGGGUGUAGAAAUUGGAGGGAAGUUUAUAGCGGUGACCGUCAUCGGAGUGUACCUGGAGGCGGCGGCGAUUCCGGCGAUCGACGGAAAAUGGAAGGGAAAGACGGCGGAAGAGCUCUCCAGUUCGGCUGAGUUUUACAGAGACAUUAUUACCGGUUCCUUCGAGAAGCUGACGAGGGUGACGAUGCUGCUGCCAUUAACGGGUAAACAGUACUCCGAGAAAGUCGCCGAGAACUGCGUUGCUGCAUGGAAAGCCGCCGGCGUCUACACCGAAGAAGAAGAAGCUGCCAUUGUUAAGUUCCUGGAAAUCUUCAAGCCGAAGAACUUUCCUCCGGGCACUUCCAUCGUCUUCUCUCAUUCCCCUAGCGGCACUCUAACUAUUGGAUUUUUAGAGCUGGGGGGAGUUCCGGCGGCUGAGAGCGGUGUGAUAGAGAACAAGAAGCUGACGAAUGCGGUAUUGGAAUCCAUUAUAGGGGAGAAAGGAGUUUCCCCUGCUGCGAAGCAGAGCUUGGCUCAAAGGAUCUCAGAGUUUCUUAACAAGAAAGAAGAAAAAGAAAAAGAAGAAGAAAAAGAAGAGAUUUUGGUUGUGGAGAAGGGCAAGUUGGAGCAAGUUGAGGUUGCUUGAUUG